AUGUCUGGACAAAAUAAACCCGUUAACUUCGAAUACCCAUUCGAAAAUGUGCGUGGAAUGCUCAGCGCCCCAUGCUUGACAGCAUUUGCACAGUUGGGCGUCCUCCGACUGAAUGCCAAGUGUGGGUAUAUCGUACUAUCGACAUGCGAUCCAAAUGGCUCAAUAUUUGUCUUGGCUGAAUCUGGAACUGGACCUUCUCUCCGGAAAACUGAUGGUUAUAAUGAUGGGCUCUGGAAUGGAGUUGGUGCGAUAAAUAAACAAGCGGAUCUAGUCAAUGAAUUUUUAGAAAUCUUCAAACAGCCACAAGGUGCUCCUAAGCAUAUAUUUAUCGCCGAUAUUACUGGAGACAGUAAAUACACUCAACAUUUUACCAUGACUGUGAAUAGAAUAAGAUCGAUGGCUAUAGUUCCACUUAAAAGCCUAGAGUAUGGAGCUAUCAUUGGGACAUACAUAGUUAUUGAUAAUAAGCCUCGCGAAUGUACGACAGAGGCCGAAAUCGAAUUUUUGCUCGACACAGCUACUAUGAUAACUGAUUACCUCGAGAGAGAAUGUUUAAACAGUGUGCAGCACCAAGCGGACAAGAUGUUAAAAGCUCUCGGAUUAUUCAUCGAAGGAGGAAGUAGUUUACAGGAUAAGCAGACCAAGGAAGAAGUCUGGACAAAGAAAUCUUUCGAGCAGAAUUUGGCAAUAGAUCAAAAACAAAUGGGAAGCAAUGACUUAACAAAAUCGAGGACUCAUGAAAGUACCGCUAGUCAUACAAAACAACACAUACAUCUGCUGCAAGACAAUUUUUACAACAAUAUAUGUACAAAAUCAUCAACUCUUUGCUCCAAAGCUUCCAAACAAGAAUCUACAGUGAAAAUAUCCAAUGAAUUCAAAAAUUCUCAUUCUGAAUCCAAAUUAAAAAAUUCUCAUUCUGAAUCCAAAUUAAAAAAGAUCAUGCUAAAUUCGCGACCCUCUUUAAUGCGAAAUAUUUCCCUCGCCUCAAUGGAUUCUAACUUUUCCGAUACCACACCUAGCUUUGAAAAACAUUUUAUUCUGAAAACUGAAGUCCAAUCUGAAACUACUUCGAGCGAGAAGUUAAAUUUACCCUCCGGCUCUUCGUUAACAUCCGAUAUAAAAAAGGUCUUUGCUAGGGCAAGUAAUCUCAUUCGGGAGUCGAUAAGUAUUGAUGGCGUCGUGUACUUCAACGCCGCUCAUAGCUCGUCCCGUGCUAGUUCGCACUUUAAGAUGGAUGAGAUUUCUUCCAUGGCACUCCGGAAUAAGCAUCCAUUGUGCCUCUUUGCAGAUGAAACAAGUAGGCAUACUUCAGAAACAGAUUUUACAGGGCGCUGCUGCGAAAUUCUAGGUUUUAGUACGAAUAUAAGCUCAAGCUUACAUGGUCAUGACGCCCCUGAUGAGUUGUUAGGCUUUCCAUUAUCAAUACUAAGGAAAAUGCUAAAUCAUUAUCCUCGUGGUUUGGUCUUUAAUUUUGGUGACGAUGGCUCACUAAUAGAACCGGAAGAAAUUACUCACAGUGCUCAACAUGAUUUGAGCAAAUACAUAGAUGCUGCUGAGAUUCAUACGAUCUUGCCUAAGGCUCGAAGUGUAUUCUGGCUUCCACUCUGGGAUCAGAACUGUGAUCGUUGGUUUUCGGGCUGUUUUAUCUGGUCGAAUUAUGCCACGGAGACCCUCAGUUCAGACCAAGGUACCACAUACCUUGCUACCUUCGGAAACAGUACUAUGGCAGAGAUUUCCCGAUUAUCUGCCAAAGUAUUAUCUAAGAUGAAAGCAGACUUUGUCUCAAAUAUUUCACAUGAGCUAAGAAGUCCACUUCAUGGUGUUCUUGCUUCUGUGGAGUUCUUAAAAGAUACGCAGAUGAGUGAGUUUCAAAUCGAUAUGGCGAACAAUAUUCAUGCUUCAGGAAAGAUUCUUCUGGAUACAAUUAACCAUGUUUUGGAUUUUUCCAAAGUUAAUCCAAAGCGGAAAGAAGAGAAGAAUUUAUUGGGGCUUUCGAAGAACAAAUUUGGAAUUGGAGAUGGUUCAGAUGAUAGAACAGGCAAGACCGACAUAUCGAUUAUUUCCGAAGAAGUCAUUGAAACCAUCUACGCUGGACAUUUCCUUACUCAGAGUGUAUUUUUUAAAGGCAAUCAACAUAUAUCACAAGAUUUAUCUCCAGAAAUUUGCCCCAUAUCAGUCAUUAUCAAAAUUCCUUUUCGACAGAACUGGAUCUACGAAAUUAACAAAGGAGCUUGGAGAAGAAUUUUGAUGAAUCUAUUCGACAACGCCAUUAGAUAUACUUCCACUGGAUUUGUCACAAUAUCGCUAGACGUCGAAGAUCAUAACGAUUUGUCAGCUAGCAAGGACCUCCCACCGUCCACACUGAUAUUAAAGAUCGAAGACACAGGACGAGGAAUAUCUCCGAACUUCCUCAAACAUCAGUUAUAUAAACCCUUCACUCAGGAAGAUACUCUAUCGACAGGGGCUGGCCUGGGACUCAGUAUCGUCAAGGCUAUCGUCAACGAUCUAAGUGGUACUAUUGUAAUUCAUUCUGAGCCUUUGAAUGGUACUGAGGUAACUGUUCGUCUUCCACUUAAACAAAGCUCUGUGCCUAAAAAAAUUAUCGAAAGAAAAAUGAUAAUGGAAGUAAGAGCCAGAUGCGAAGGACUCAAGGUACAGAUGAUAGGUUUCAGUCGACAUCCUGAUCAUAGGGAAGAACCAUCGGGAAAUUUUUCGAUGGAAAUUAUGUCUAUUAUUAAACUUCAAAAUUCUUUAGAAGCUUGUCUGCAAGAUUGGUUUGGAUUACAGAUCCUUGCGUCUGACCAGAAAGAGAUCCCACCCGAUCUUUUCGUUAUUUUAGAGGGUGGCCUAAAUGACAGGCCGAUUCAGAGUGUUCUGAAUACACUUGGCCACCAACAGGGUAAUAGAGAGAAAGUAGCUAUGAUCCUCACAAAUAGAUGUCCAAAUAAUACUAAUAAUAUUAAAAUGAUGGGUUUUAGAUAUUUCUACCUUCAUCAGUCAUAUGGCCCACAUAAAAUCGCCAAGGUACUCUUUCAAGAAUACUGCAACUCAAAAGACGCCACUCUUCAUCAACUAGAUAUGCCCUCGCAGGGCCAGGCUAUGGGUAGCCCUCCGCCCACUCAAUCUUCCAAAUUAGUUUGGUCACCACAAACUGCGCUAGACCAUUCUAUACACAUGACUCCAAAACUUUCGAAAGAACUAUCGCCACCAAUAUUCUCUACCACUUCAUCAUUCAGUAUAUCCCAGAGAUCAAUACCAACGACUAUUUCUCAUCCAUUAAGUUCUCCAGUAAAGGACCAAACUCCUAUGAUUAGUGAAGAUAUUCGUGUCUUGCUUGUUGAGGAUAACAAAAUAAAUCUCCGACUACUAGUUGCUACGAUGAAAAAGCUCAAGACAGCAUAUGCCACGGCUACUAAUGGUCUAGAAGCUCUGAAUACUUAUAAAGAAUAUACGGGUAAAUUUGAUGCCAUAUUUAUGGACAUAUCAAUGCCAGUCAUGUCUGGUAUCGAAUCUAGCAAAAAUAUUCGUACAUAUGAAAGAGAAAAUAAUCUUAACCCCGUUGUUCUAAUUGCUCUUACUGGUGCAGCUAAUGAGAGCACUCGACAAGAAGCUUUUAGCAAUGGUAUCGAUAUAUUCCUUACCAAACCUGUUCCAAUGAAGGCACUUGGUAACAUGCUGGAGGUUCUUAGCCAUGAAGGUAGAUUAGCUCUUUUGACCUAG